GGGGAGCUGAAAAUAUUCGCCCAUAGCCGAGAGAAAAGACCAAAUAAACAUCGAGACGUGUCGUCGCUACGUGUGAGAAAUAUUCACAGAAGAAGAGAAAUCGGAGGAUCAGACGAUCGGGUCGCGUCAAUUAAGCGACUCUGAUCCCGCGGAGGAGAUUAUAUAUAAAUAUCCCUCCGUGUUUUUUUUUGUCUUUGUAAAUCGGUUGGAACGGGAGGGGGAUGAGGCUGCAGUCGGAACGGAGACCUGCUCUGGAUUUCAUGUCGCUUAUAUCUCAACAAAGCUGCAGCUUUUCCACGAGUCUGUGUAUAAACCUACAUGCAGGGAGUAGAAGAUGUCCGUUGCGACCGUUACAGUGUGAAAAACAGUGAAUUUUUAAAAACAUCAAAGCGAACAAUUACCCGGGCGACAUUGUUAGUGUUUCACCGCGGCUGUUUAGUUACAUUGUAACCUUAAGGGUCAAACAUCAAAGGGUUCACAAUCAAUCCGCUUUUUUAAACCAGUUUUAUUCCAUUUUGACGGAAAGAAAAAAAAAAUCUAUAUAUAAAAAGCGAUGAAGCUGUUGGAGAAUUCGAGCUUCGAAGCGCUCAGCUCUCAGCUGUGUGUGGAAACUGGAGACUCGCACAUCCUCGGCAGGAUCGAGAGCUACUCGUGCAAGAUGGCUGGUGACGACAAGCACAUGUUUAAGCAGUUUUGCCAGGAGGGGGAGCCACAUGUUCUGGAGGCUCUUUCACCACCGCAGACCAGCAGCGCUCCAAGUCCUAACCUGUUGGGAAAGAGUGGCGAUGAAGCUGAGAACCCUCUGAGCGAUAAGUGUUGCAGGAAGACUCUGUUCUACCUCAUCACCACGCUGAACGAAUCGUUCCGUCCCGAUUACGAUUUCAGCGCUGCCCGAGCGCACGAGUUCAGCCGCGAGCCGAGCUUCAACUGGGUGACCAAUGCUGUGAACAGCAGCUUGUACUCCUCUGUAGGGGAGACGUUUAACUCACUCGGGCCGGAGCUGUGGAACGCCAUCGACCAAGAGAUCAAUCUGCAGAGCUGUGACAUUUACAGCUAUAACCCAGAUCUGGAUUCAGACCCUUUUGGUGAGGAGGGCAACCUCUGGUCCUUCAACUACUUCUUCUACAACAAGAAACUCAAACGCAUCGUUUUCUUCACUUGUCGCUCCGUCAGCGUCCUCAGUAGCUACGGUCGUGGUUGCCUUGACAACGAGCUGGAUAUGGAGCUGGAAGACGACGAGGAGGAAAUGGAUGGCUUCAGUGAGGACAGGUUCCCCCGAGCCCUGUGUGUGUAACUCCAGCCAGAUCAUCAGCUAACAAGAUGUCACUUUUUCUCUCCUCAUUUCUGGAAUGUUUCCUGGGUCUUGACAAGGUGAUGGACUUGGUUUAUCUGGGCUACAUUGGCAUUAUUGAUCAGAUAUUAUGGAGUAGAGUAAUUGUAGUCAUUUCUUUUUUCUCUCCUGUCUGUGUGUCGACGGCUCUUUGGACAAACACGACCCCUUGUGGACGUUCUGGAAAUGUCAAGGAGGUUUAAUACAGGGUGGCCAUCUGGCUAAAACCCCUCAUGAGCCUGAACUCUACAUGCUUCUUUUCACAUCAUUUUUUUUUUUUCGUUUCAUUUUUCCCAGAAAAUGAUGUCAGUACAUCAACAUAUCCUACAUGCACCAGCAGAUAACACGCGGAGGAACUGAUCAUAUAUUCAUAAUAAGGCGUGAUUUGUCUUUUCUGUUCAGCAUUUCAACUGAUUUUUUUCCUUUAUAUUUUUGUGUUCAUGUUGUGUUUUUAUAUUUUAAACCUUUUUUUUAAUUCAAAGAUUUUACCAGAAUGUCUUUUAUUACACUCGAGGAACUGUGCCUGGUUCGUGAAUGUUCUUUAAGGAAGCUUUCAUGCGUGACAGAUGCCGAGAUGUGAAGCGUAGGUCUGCAGGAGUCUGGACUGUCUUUCAGAAAUCAAGGGCAUCCUUUAUAAUACUUUUAUACAUGAUUAGAUUUGAUUUAUGGUUUGAUUUUGCAUUAAAGGUGAUGUAUCCGUUACUUAUGAUAUGUGAAACUGAUUUAUGAAAUGCGAUACUUAUAAACCUGCUUCUUUUAUGUACACCACCUGAAAUAAACCUUGUGUGUAUAAAUUU